AUGGCUGGUGUUAAGACUUUUGAAUUACGUACCAAAUCCAAGGAACAAUUGGAAAAGCAAUUGGUUGAAUUAAAGCAAGAAUUGGCCAACCUUAAGGUCCAAAAGUUGCAAAAGCCAUCUUUGCCAAGAAUCCACACCGUCAGAAAGAACAUUGCCCGUGUCUUGACUGUCAUUAACUUGAACCAAAGAGAAAACGUCAGAGCUUUCUACGCCGGUAAGAAGUACCAACCAAAGGACUUGAGAGCCAAGAAGACCAGAGCCAUCAGAAGAAAGUUGACCAAGUUCGAAGCUCACCAAACCACUGACAAGGCCAGAAAGCAAAGAAUUGCCUUCCCUCAAAGAAAAUUCGCUAUUAAGGCUUAAACUUAAGUAUUGUUCAUGAAUAUAUAUAAUCGGGUUUAAUGUUUUAAUAUAAGUGUAUACUUUA